AUGCCCUUGUGUCCCAAGCAUUCUACUCCACUGGAAGCUCCAUGGAGCUCCCUCGUGCCUCUCAAAACAUGUAACCCAUUUUCCCUUGUACCUCCCCUCCCCACUUCUCCCCUUCUUCCACCUUCCUCUCCCCUGCGUGUUGCUGCACUGGAAGCGCGCAUCCGCCUUGCAGCUGGACGUGGAGCUCAAGGCACAUCACUAAUCCCCUCUAUUCCCCCUACCCGCGCGUCCGCCACGCAGCUGGACGUGGCCGUGGAGCUCAAGAGCAGCAGCGGCGCCAGCAACGGCUGGUUCGCCCUCGGUUGGGCCUCUGGAGGAGGCAUGGCUCCCGCCGAUGCUAUCAUUGGCAACAAGGAUGGGGGACUCGUCAGCUCGUACUACAUCGACGGCUACACCAUGUCCUCGUUAAAAGGCGGCUCGUUUGACAUUGGCGGCAGCGCUGGGACCGUGACGUCUGCUUCUGGUUCCACAGUGAUCCAGUUCUCCCGCACGGCCAACACGGGGUCUAUUCCCGUGAAAAUGAGCGGCGUCCAUCGGAUCAUAUGGGCGCACUCCCCCGCCAACUCCAAGACCCUUGCCUUCCACUUCACUGCUGCGUGA